UGUCAGGGUGCGACUACUCCCAGGACCAGAUCUCCUGCUUUCUGCGCUUUACGGUCUCCAUGGGCCAAUUUCGGGAAGCCUCGACGGCUUUCUUUCCUCGGUAGUCAGAAUAACGGUUGAAGAAGCACGAUGCCUGAGGUCAAGUCGAUGUUCAGAGAGGUUCUGCCCAAACAAGGUCAGUUGUCCAUGGAGGAUGUUCCCACCAUGGUGCUGUGUAAACCCAAACUGCUGCCUCUGAAGUCCGUAACACUGGAGAAGCUGGAGAAGAUGCAGCACGAGGCGCAGGAGGUGAUAAAGCAGCAGGAGCUGGCCCUCAGAGAGCAGCAGCAGGCACAGCCGGAGCAGGAGCAGGCUCAAUAGGGCACACUAUGAGGGGAAGAUCUAAGAUCUAAUAUCACAACAUAUCGCUGUAGCUGGAGUCCAUCUGUAUUGAUCCCUCACGCCAAGCCGUUCUGCAUUAGGGAGGCUGUUCGGUGCUCAGUUUGUACUUAUUUGUGCUGCGUGAUUAUGUUUGACUUUGACAUCCAAUAAGCUUCUCUUUUAAUGCGGAUGUGUGUGUGAAUUCAUGCACGUCGUCCUGAGACUGGAGUUUAUUGAUGAGAGGAGCAGUUUAGCUCCGCCCAUCCACGCUGAAGUUAUAAGGAGGGUUUCAGCUGGGUUGAGUUUUGAAUGGUGCACGAUAGUCAGCAAGUGAGGACAGAGCUUAAUGGGCCUCGUUCACCAAUAUCUUAAGUUUUUUCUUAGGUUUGUUGUCAAGAAGUAAUCGACAUCUGGUGCCGUGUUACAGAAAAUUCUUAAGUCUGAGAUCUGCUUUGUUGUCAUGGCAACUUCAGUUUUAAGUCUUAAGUCUGUAAUCUUAUUUACAGGUAAAAAAAAAAAGGGUUUUACAGAAACAUCUUAAGUUGCCAAAAUAUCAUAAAUAUUGUCUGAACUUCAAACCCCAGAGCUUCUUAACUUCUGUUUUAAUCGUCUGUUUCUAUUGUUUUAUGCAGUGACGGGCAGCUCAGUUCACUAUAAGUAGCAUAAUAAUAUUACAUUUAUCUACACUGAAAACGGUGCUUUGACUUGUGAGGUUCUUUCUAACAGUGUUUAAAAGUCCCAGAUUCUGCAGACCCGAUCUCCACCGUCCCUCUUGAUGAUGAUAAAAUAUGACAGUGAUGGUGGUGAAUAAUGAGGAGAUGGAGCUGAAUGUGUGUCUGUUUAUUCGGAGGAUUAACAUUAGUGCGCUCGACUAAAGCGUUUAGGAAAUGAAACUGAAACUGAGAGCUGCAAAGCUCUGAUAAACAGCAGGGGGCGCUGACAAUAUUCUUCACUCGAGUUUAUGAUGCUUUAGUUCUGUUUGACCUUUUUUACCUCAGUAACGGGAGCUAAUGUUAGCUGUCUGGCUAACUAGCUUGAUUACGUGUUUACGUUUCAGAUGUGCGCGUGUGGUCAGUUGCUAGGUAACAGACACGACAGUUGAUUGUCGACUUCAGUCGAGUAAGUUAAGAUUUCCUAACUUGAGGUGAGAAAAGAUGCUGAAAGAUAAGAUUCUUAAAUUAAGACCUUGAUCUGUCAGAUCUACAGAUAUAAAGAUGGGUAUUUUCUGUAAUACAGCCUCAGAUUCACGACUGGGUUCUUAAACCGCAGAACUGUUUGCACCUUUGUGCUCUUGGGCUAGCUUCUAGUGCGAACGAGGACACUGAAGCAAAAGUAGCUUAAGCCAACAGCUCCACACAUGAACAAAAUCUGGUCUCACAAACCCCAAAUAAGAAAACAUCAGUGAACAUCAGAAACUUCAUGAAAACUCAGGUUUUAAGAAGUUUCUUCUUAAGAACGGUCGGUGAACGAGGCUCGUUAUUGCUGUUGAAACUCUUGGAUCUCCAUUUCGGUCAUUAGAGUUUUUUUUUCAAAACUAUUUGAAAAUGACUGCCUUUUGCAUGAUAGAUUUGAAUAAAGGGUGGGCCAAUA